ACAAAUAGUUGUGUGUAUGAUUGGUCCAAUUGCUGGAGUAACAAAUUCAAGUUUCGAGACAACACUGAUGGCUGGACUGUUACUGUCAAAGAAACUGUACUGUUCAUAAGGUAAUUAUGAAUUAAUGAGACAGCAGAAACUUCAAACAACACUUCAAUUUGUGGGAGGUGCCUUUAGUCUAUAUUAGUCUUGAUAAACAGUUACUGUGUAUAGCACUUUUAGAUGGACAAACAGAGAGAAAGGCAUUUCUUGUUUGUGGAUUAAUAUGAUUAGUUAUUGUGAAUCUUCUCCAUCAAACUCGAAAUAAUGCAAUUUUCAUAGAUCAUGCUCAUUAUAUCAGAAUAGUUUCCAUGGAGGCAAUAUAUGUGAAUGUUAGAUUAUCAACAUAAUCUGUGAAGAAUUUUAUAACAACAGCAAUUGUUUCAGAUGUUGAAAUGUAAACUUUUACAUGUUUUAUUUUGUGCUGACAGUGAAAUGCUUGUGUACUUGUCAUUGCUUUUAAAAAUUAUUUUUAUAUUUCAAUGAAUUUGCUUUAGAGAACUCCAAAGUCAUUCUAGAGUCAUGACUCCCACAAAUGUCACUGUCUUUACUGAAUUCUACCUGCUGGGAUUUCCAGGACUGCAUCCACAGUAUUAUGGAGCCGUGGGAACCCUUUUGUUCUUUGUCUACUUGACACUAGCAGGAGGAAAUCUCUUUAUCAUUUCAUUUAUUGCUCAUGAAAGAAGCCUUCAGAAACCCACCUAUUUAAUCUUCUGUAAUCUUGCAGUGUCUGAUCUUGCUUUUGGAACUGCCACGCUGCCUAAAGCCAUUGCAAAAUACUUUUUCAAUAGCAGUGAGAUACCAUUUUAUAGCUGCUUUGUGCAGAUGUUUUUUGUUCACUGCUUAGGGUCUAUUAACUCUUUCCUAAUGCUGUUAAUGGCCAUUGAUCGGUUUGUUGCAGUGUGUAACCCACUGAGAUACUGUGUCCUUAUUACAAAUAAGACUAUUUUAUUGGCAUGUGCAGUGAUUUGGAUCAUCUGUAUAUCAUGGCUGACAUUCAUUGUAUAUCAUGCCUUCAAUGAGCCCUACUGUGAUUCUAAUGUAAUAACCCAAAAUUACUGUGACCACAAUUUGAUAAUUAAACUGUCCUGUGGUGAUGUAAGGCACAAAAUGUUUGUUUCAUUUUCAGGUGCCAUGUUUGUUCUUUUGGGCCCUUUGAUUUUUAUUAUAUUUUCAUUUAUCGCUAUUAUCACGUCUGUUUUCAAAAUCACAGAUGUUCAGGCCCGUUAUAAAACGUUCUCAACUUGCACUCCUCAACUUCUCAUCAUUUGUCUGUACUAUGUGCCCAGAUGUGUUGUUUAUGUGCAUGAUGUGACAAUAGCGAUAUCACCUGGCAUUCGUGUUAUGUUAAUCAUGUGGUACAGUCUUCUCCCACCUGUUGUCAAUCCAAUGAUUUACUGCUUCAGAACCAAAGACAUCAAAGAUGCAUUGAAGAAAAAAAUUAGGGAUAGGAAAGUGAACAUGCAGAUAUGAUGCACUAAUUUUUUUUUUAAUUGCUUUAAUACAAUAGAGUCCAUUGUUUACACUUUGCCCUGUGUAUCUAUUUAUAUAAAUUGUAAUUCUGGCUUUUCUUAAUCAUAAUGAGAAGACAUGUUUGUGAAAUAGUGAAGA